CAAAUAAACUAACAUAUUAACAUACGCAUUACUUUAAAUAGUUUAACAUUAAGAAGUGGUCAGCCUUUACAAGUGUACAACUUACAAGGUACCAGUGUGAUGUUUAGUUCAUCUAUGAUAAAUACAGAUAAUGACAUUGAAAACCACAAAACUGUAUACAAAAUUUAAUAAUAUAAUUCUUGGUAAUUGAAAGUGGGGCUUAUCGCAUAACGAUUUCGAUAUUUAGGUCCAGAAUAUGACCGCGUCUAGGCGCAGGCAGUUCGGUGCAUAGCGUGCGAAGCAAACACAUUUAUAAAACGGAUUAGCACGCAGUGUUGCAUGAAAAACUGACUACAUUGGCAAAGAGCUACCAGAAUUGAUGCAAUCGAAAAUGAGAAAGACCAUCAUUUUUCAUUAGCUAACGUGUCUCGGUUGAAACGUUCAGAGUUAUCAUCAUCCUGUGAUAUAUUGACAGUGGUUGCCAUGUGUGAAAGGCAUGUUGUAGUUUUCACUUUUGUGGCAGUAGUGGCGGCCUUCAUUUGUGCAGUUAAGGGCAAAUUAGCGCCUGAUUUUAUACACCCCUGCAAUACAACCGGGUCAGCAUGUCUAGUGCAAGCUACCCAAGACGCAAUUCCGGAGUUUUCCCAAGGCCUCCCUGAACUUGGAGUGCCUCCGCUAGAUCCUUUCAUCAUCGAAGAGCUGCCAAUUCAGCUUCCUGGUGUCAAGGUUACGUUCCUAGAUGGCAAAGUCACUGGUCUUAAAAAGUGCCAAGUGCUGAAUGUUGAAGCUUAUUUAGAAAGGAAUGUAUUUAUUCUCGAGAUUCGCUGCAACAUCACGAUCAAAGGGAAGUACACAGCAGUGGGGAGGCUGCUGCUCUUUCCGAUAAAUGGAGAAGGAGACUCAAAAAUAAAAAUUGUAAAUUCUGUAAUAAAAUUGAACAUAAAGACGAAAUACUUCAAGGAUGAAGAAGGGCGUGACCACUUCGGCAUAAAGAGUUAUAGAUACUCCUUUGAUUACGGUGACAGAGUUCAUUACACAAUCAACAACUUAUUCAAAGGAAAUCCGGAGCUGAGUAACACAGUACUGCAAUUCUUGAAUGAAAAUUGGAAAAUAGUGACGGAAGAAUUUGGUCAACCGGUAGUAGACUAUGCAAUGAACGUGACGAUAGAAACAGCCAAGAAAUUCUUCGACGCCGUCCCGUAUGACGAAUUACUUCAUGUACCUAUACCUAAGUACUAAUUAUAAUUUUAAGCCUAUUGAAUGGCUGUAUAGGUUUGUAUGCUACCAAUAAAGAGACAUAUAGUUACAUAUUUAUUUAGUUAUCGUAUAAAAUAACACGUUGUAAUUUGUUUUAAAAUACAGCGUCAUGCUUGACACAUAGAAGUGAUGUAAAUAUAGCACAAUUGGUCUAGUAAUUAUAAGAACUAAAUCUUAUUUCACUAAUUUAACGGUAAUACUCGUUUUAUCCAAUUGAUACCAAUGCGAUGUAAACAGUUCAAUAAAGCCAUAAUUGUAUGAAAUUAUCCUCUUAUCGCUAUGUUUGAUUUACCAAAGUUAGUCUCUAAAAAGUGUUAUAUACUAUUUUAAGUUUUCUAUAUAUGUUGCUUUAUAUUAUCUUUAUUCACUAAAUUUUCAGUUAUACAAGACUAGCUUGUUAAAGAUUCACAAAUUUUGCUUGUGCGUAAGUUUUAGUUUUUUUUUAAAUAUUCAUUGAAUUCUUAUAAUAACGAAACUAUGACCUUAUGUUCUAGUUUUAUAAUAAUGUAUAGUUAUCUUGUUAACUGAUAAUGAAUCCCCAACAGUGUUGUUGGCAUCAAAAACCUGGAUGAAGCAAUAUGUAUUUUAAUUGUACAAUAUACUAAGAUACACUAAACUGAAAUAGAUUUUUAUAGCACCUUAAUUUAAGUAAUUAAUACUAAUAAUAGUACUAAUAUUAAUUA